CAGUGGUUCAUCGUUACAAAAAAUACAAAAUGCACUCGAACGUGGCUCCGCUUUAAUUAUUUUGUAAAUAUCAGUGGAAAUCGGAAAAGUUUGAGAAACUUGAUGGAGGUGCGUAAAAUGCGAAAAUUGUGUUUUCUUCAUUGCGCGUAUAUUUAAAGGUACAGUUUAGCCUUUAUUUCGUAAUUAAUAUUAAUACGCGACUUUAUCGUCUUUGUUAUAAAUUAAAACCAACGCAAUGACGAACGCUUGUACGGGUUGAAUUGGUCUAAUUGGACUGAAAUUCUUUCAUUAUUGAGAAUCACUUAACAUGGCCGACGAUGUUGCGAAAGAAAUGCAUUUACCAGGUACUUCGGCGUGGUCUUUUCGUAUAGCCAGCUGCUCAUCAAGUUGACCGGUGGCAAAGGCGAAUGCGAUGCAUUGCUUAAUCUGCGACGCGGACGUUGCCACCCACAACGGCUACAAUAUUCUGUACACGGCGCUCGCUCACGGUGGAACGUUACUCAGCCAAAAUAUCAAUAAGGUUUUGCGACGAGACUUGGACGCAGUCAACGCCAGAAGUACAGUAAUAUGUAACAGGUGUUACAAACUAUUCGACGAAUUGAACACGGCCGAGAGUCGAUGCGACGAUAUCAAAAGAGAAAUACAGUCGUUCUACUUGAAAACGUGCGAAAUAUAUAACGACGAAACACCGCCGCCGUCCAUCGCCAAGGACGCCGCGUGUCAAACCGAUAAUUUCGAAGAGAACGUCCAACUUUACCAAGCUGAAACUAAACAACCCGAUAUCAAACUGAAAAUAGCCUUAGUUUCUAAACGAAAGAGAGGCCGACCGGUCAAAGCUCAAUUGCAAAAAGGAGUCGUUUCCGUAGACAAUUCUCAAGGCUUUUCCAACGACAAUCACGAAAACGGAGCCGGAAGCGAUCAAAACGACAAAUGUAAACCGAAGAAAGAAAAGGUAGCCAGAAAUAGAAACGCGAGUACCGAAAAUAUCGAAGAACUCGAAGAUAUAGCGUUAGAAGUACGCAGAACUCGUUCAAAAGGUACCGGUAGUAGAAAAAGAACCGUUUCAACGCCUCCGGAUACCAGUAAAGAUGGUCUAGUGAAGAAAGAACAAGUCGAAGAACGAGAGCAGCUCGUAGAAAACAUCGUCACAGCUGCGCCGGAAAUGGACGAACAAACGACCGGCGAUGAUAUUUUCAAAACUGAAGAAACCACCGUCAUAGAGGAAGGCGAACUUUUCAAACAAGAUUAUUACAACAACGAGGACGACGACGACGACUUCGAAUGGAAAGAAGAACCUCUGGUUGAAAUUCACGACGACUCGGUCGAUAGCGAAGAAGACAUAAAAGAAGAAAACGGCGGCGGAGAUCGCACCGAGGAAGGAUGGCAAAGCAGCGACAGUAAGAGCGGCAAAAAGAAGCAAAGGAGAAAAAAGAAACGGAAACGAGGCGAUCGAAGAGGCGAACGCGCUUUCAUGGUCCCAAUUCACGAAUGCAAUCAGUGCGGCAAAAAGUGGCGAACUGUUACGGAGCUCAAGUCGCAUAUCGCUUCGCACAGCGACGUUAGACCGUUCGUUUGCGAAAUUUGCGGACAAGCGUAUAAGAUGAAAAAAGCGCUAGACAUUCACAUCGGCAUGCACAACGGUAUUCAUCCGUUCGUGUGUACGUACUGCAAUAAAUCGUUUACUCAGAAAGUCGGCUUGGAAAAACAUCUGCCUAUCCAUACCGGCGUUACGCGCUUUCAAUGCGAUCUUUGCGGAAAACGUUUCAUUCAUCAGAAAAGUUUCAAUAUUCAUAAAAUGACGCACACCGGCGAGAAGAAUAUUCACUGUCCGAUCUGCAAAUUAGCCGUGUUCUCGCAAUCUCACUUGAAACGUCACUAUCGCGUGCACACCGGCGAACGUCCCUACGGAUGUACGAUAUGCGGUAAAAAAUUCGCCGAAAAGUAUAAUCUCAACGCUCAUACGCGUAUUCACGAUCCGAAUUCGGCCGGCGAAGGACGACGACGUUGUCACACGUGUCCUAUUUGUGGAAUGACUUACGAUCGCAAACACAAACUAUCCGAGCAUUUGUCAUCGGUCCAUGGUAUGUGGACCACCGUUGCAGAAUUCAAAACCGAGACUAAUUACUAUAAUAUGGAGGUGGCGCAGAACCCGCAUCAUUUACUACAGUUACAAGUUCAACACUCGCCAUCGAUGCAGAACGCUCCUCAGCAUCCGCCUCCGACGCAGCAAACCCAUCCUCACCAAGGACCGCCUCAGUCGUCGCAAACUGCGCCUCCACAAGCGUCAGUGCAACAGCCGACUCAACAGCAGCAGCAGCAACAACAACAGCAACAAUCGCAGCAGCCACCUCCGCCGCAAUUGGCAGCUCCUACUCAUCAGCAGCCGUCACAUCACCAUUUAGCCCACCAUCAGCAACAAUCAGCUCACCACUUGCAGCAACAGCAACAACAACAGCAGCAGCAGCAACAACAACAACAACAGCAGCAGCAACAACAACAACAGCAGCAGCAACACCAUGCUCAAGCGGUCGCGCUCGGUGGCACUCCGCAUCACAUAUUAGUCACGCAACAUCAGCUGCAGCAAACGUUGCAGUCGCAUCUUUCUCAUCAUCCUGGUGCGACAGCUGCCGCAGUGACUGCAGCUCCGCCGCCGCUCCAACCCAUUUCGUCAGUAUUUCAAUUGGUCGUUCCUUCGACGCCGGCAGAAGCAGCGGCCGCCGCUGCCGCAGCCGCUCAUCAUAAUCGAAUGAACUCGGUUUCCGCUUCUAUGCCAGUUCCAACUUUGUAGUGAACGUUGUAUUAUGUUUUUUUAAACGGCUGAAUUAUUCUUCUCUUUUUUUCUUUCUUUAUUUCUUUUUUUAUUCGUGUUUGUAUUUAUACAUUGUAUGUAACUUGUACUUUUAUUUCAAAAUUAUUUCAUUAAAAACGACGAAUUUUAAAAAAAUA